AUGCCCCUUCUUAGUAUUGAACAUAAUAGGAGAGCCGAAGAACGUGUACGGGGGAUUUUUGCAGCGGAUUUUGACCUGACUUCCGUCGAUGUCAGUAGUAAGGAAUCUUAUAACCGGGAUGUCAAUGAUUACGACGAAUGGUACUCGCAUCCGUGCAUCUACGGUUUGCUGGAACUUGAGGUAGUAGCCAGUCAAAGGCUGCGAAUGGCAGAAAUCCGAGCAGGACAAGAUCUAUUCUACCAAGCUCAAUUACAAGCCCUUCAUAAGGAUGAGGCAUACUGGGACAUGUGGAAGUCGUGUAACUCUCUGCGAUUGGCGAAUGUCUCAUUGCUUUUGGCCGCAAAGCCCGACACUGUUCCAUUGCCCGAGAUGCGUUUCCCCUUGGAAAUCCAAUUUUUGUUCAUUUCCGCUUGUGCGGCCACUCAUGGUGAACUCAAAAACCUCUGUUCUGUCUGCAAGGCCUGGAACCAAGAAGUAUUGACCAAGUGCGCCUUUUUUGGUUCCCUGGUCUUCAAAAAUAGACAGAACGAUGCGCGAGCUUGCCGCCGAGUCGAAUACUGGCUGUGUUCCUCCAUCCGCUCCCUCGGUGUCGAAGACACGAUAACAUCCAUUACCCUGUAUAAGUGGACGAUUGACAGCCACUGUUGGUUCCUUCACGUUCUUAAUUGUGUUACCGACGUGAAAAUUAUCAGCUCCGGUCGUUGGCCUUGGCUUUACUGUCUCCCGAAUACAGUCCAGAAGCUCCUUGUUCGAGACACCGAUAUCCGCGCUGAUACGACUAACGACAGGAAUUCUUGGGACGGAAAAACAUGGAGAGCGGACCAUGAUGUUCUUGCGUCGCCUUUCCCUCCUGUCCCAAAGUACUCGUGUGUCCUAUCCGAGCUCGCAGUAUAUGAUGACGGACCCCGUUAUGCCAACAUCGACCACAUUAUCGAUGGAAUCACGGGUCCGUUAGAAGAGAUCCUAGUGGCAUCUGAUGUGAAUACAGCUUGGCCACGGAGAUUGGAUGCAACCGAAGUGUCGACAUUACGACUGGGUUUUGGGGAUUCAGUGGAUAUCAACCCCGAUGUUUGGAAUGUGUGGAGUUUGUGUGUACAUGAUCUCACAAUUGGUGCUACCGAUGACGACCAUGAUGCCGUCGUGUCUCUUGUAGACUUUAUUCAUCUGGAUGACUUACAUCUAGAGAUGGAUUUGGGUUCUAGAUCCUUUCUCUGGGCCUUACAAGUUAUCCGAACGUGGAGCGAGUCUGAAAAGUCGUCAUUCGAGUUGGUCAUAUAUGACGAUAAGGCCUUAGAGAGUAUUGACGAGCGGCGUUGCACCCUUGAGGUCCAGGAUGCGGAUACAGGGUGGUGGUCGGAUUGCGAUAGUUGGCAAAUCUGGUGGAAUUUUUUCACUGACGCCUUGCUGGAGGGGUUCAGUCCCUGCUCCGAAAACCAUGGCACACGUUUCCAUGGUAAAUUUGUAGUGACUUUUAUCACUUCGGAAGUGUUGGUUGGAUUACCUCCCCCCAGUUCACACUUCGCUUACGCUGGCAAACUACUGGAGGCAUACCGGAUGCGUGUACGAUGGUUAAAGCUACAGGAACCCGAGACGACCGUUCACUUAUUGCCCUUCGAGGCCUACAGAAGUUUUUAG